GCGGACGCGCUGACCGAGCACAGCAGCCGGGCCGGCGGGCGGGCGGGCGGGCGGCUGCGAGCAUGGUCCUGGUGCUGCACCACAUCCUCAUCGCUGUUGUCCAAUUCCUUAGGCGGGGCCAGCAGGUCUUCCUCAAGCCGGACGAGCCGCCGCCGCCGCAACCAUGCGCCGACAGCCUGCAGCCAGCCAGGACCCCCUUGCAAAGAAGCCAGAACCCCCAGGGAGUAGAGACGACGGACUGGAGGAUGCUUUGCUGAGCCUGGGCUCUGUCAUCGACAUUGCAGGCCUGAGACGAGCUGUCAAGGAGGCCCUGUCAGCUGUGCUCCCCAGAGUGGAGACUGUCUAUACCUACCUGCUGGAUGGGGAGUCCCGGCUGGUGUGUGAGGACCCCCACCAUGAGCUGCCCCAGGAGGGGAAAGUCCGAGAGGCUGUGAUCUCCCGGAAGCGGCUGGGCUGCAAUGGGCUAGGCCCCUCGGACCUGCCAGGGAAGGCUUUGGCCAGGCUGGCGGCUCCACUGGCUCCUGACACCCAAGUGCUGGUCAUACCACUGGUGGACAAGGAGGCCGGGGCUGUGGCAGCCGUCAUCUUGGUGCACUGUGCCCAGCUGAGUGACAGUGAGGAGUGGAGCCUGCAGGCAGUGGAGAAGCACACCCUGGUGGCCCUGCGGAGGGUGCAGGCCGUGCAGCAGCGCCGGCCGGGCGAGGCUCCCAGAGAGGUCCAGAACCCCCCAGAAGCUACGGCCGACGACCAAAAGGGAAGGGUUGCGUACUCCGAUCAGGACCGAAAGAUCCUGCAACUGUGUGGGGAGCUCUACGACCUGGAUGCCUCUUCCCUCCAGCUCAAAGUCCUCCAAUACCUGCAGCAAGAGACUCGGGCAUCCUGCUGCUGUCUCCUGUUAGUGUCCGAGGACAAUCUCCAGCUUUCCUGCAAGGUCAUUGGAGAUAAAGUGCUAGGGGAAGAGAUCAGCUUUCCGUUGACAGGACGCCUGGGCCAGGUGGUGGAAGACAAGAAAUCCAUCCAGCUGAAGGACCUCACUUCUCAGGAGGAUGUGCAACAGUUGCAAAGCAUGCUGGGCUGUGAGCUGCAGGCCAUGCUCUGUGUCCCUGUCAUCAGCCGGGCCACUGACCAGGUGGUGGCCUUGGCCUGCGCCUUCAAUAAACUUGGAGGAGAAUUGUUCACCGAGCAGGAUGAGCAUGUGAUCCAGCACUGCUUUCACUACACAAGCACAGUGCUCACCAGCACGCUGGCCUUUCAGAAGGAGCAGAAGCUCAAGUGUGAGUGCCAGGCUCUUCUGCAAGUGGCAAAGAACCUCUUCACUCACCUUGAUGACGUCUCUGUCCUGCUCCAGGAGAUUAUCACAGAGGCCAGAAACCUCAGCAAUGCAGAGAUUUGCUCCGUGUUCCUGCUGGAUCAGAAUGAGCUGGUGGCCAAGGUGUUCGAUGGGGGCGUGGUGGACGAUGAGAGCUAUGAGAUCCGCAUACCCGCCGACCAGGGCAUCGCAGGCCACGUGGCGACCACCGGCCAGAUCCUGAACAUCCCAGACGCAUAUGCCCACCCGCUUUUCUACCGCGGUGUGGAUGACAGCACCGGCUUCCGAACACGCAACAUUCUCUGUUUCCCGAUCAAGAACGAGAACCAGGAGGUAAUUGGAGUGGCCGAGUUGGUGAACAAGAUCAAUGGACCGUGGUUCAGCAAGUUCGAUGAGGACCUGGCCACCGCCUUCUCUAUCUACUGCGGCAUCAGCAUUGCCCAUUCUCUCUUAUACAAGAAAGUGAAUGAAGCCCAGUAUCGCAGUCACCUGGCCAAUGAGAUGAUGAUGUACCACAUGAAGGUCUCUGAUGAUGAAUAUACUAAACUUCUCCAUGAUGGGAUUCAGCCAGUAGCUGCCAUUGACUCCAACUUUGCCAAUUUCACCUAUACCCCUCGCUCUCUGCCUGAGGAUGACACAUCCAUGGCCAUCCUGAGUAUGCUGCAAGACAUGAAUUUCAUCAAUAACUACAAAAUUGACUGCCCAACACUGGCCCGGUUCUGUUUGAUGGUAAAGAAAGGCUACCGGGACCCCCCGUACCACAACUGGAUGCAUGCCUUUUCUGUCUCCCACUUCUGCUACCUGCUCUACAAGAACUUAGAACUCACCAACUACCUCGAGGACAUCGAGAUCUUUGCCUUGUUUAUUUCUUGCAUGUGUCACGACUUGGACCACAGAGGCACAAACAACUCCUUCCAGGUGGCCUCGAAAUCUGUGCUGGCUGCACUCUACAGCUCCGAGGGCUCUGUCAUGGAGAGGCACCACUUUGCUCAGGCCAUCGCCAUCCUCAACACCCACGGUUGCAACAUCUUCGACCACUUCUCCCGGAAGGACUAUCAGCGCAUGCUGGACCUGAUGCGGGACAUCAUUUUGGCCACGGACCUGGCCCACCACCUCCGUAUCUUCAAGGACCUCCAGAAGAUGGCCGAAGUGGGCUAUGACCGAACCAACAAGCAGCACCACAGACUCCUUCUCUGCCUCCUGAUGACGUCUUGUGACCUCUCUGACCAGACCAAGGGCUGGAAGACCACAAGGAAGAUUGCAGAGCUGAUCUACAAAGAAUUCUUCUCUCAGGGAGAUUUGGAGAAGGCCAUGGGCAACAGGCCAAUGGAGAUGAUGGACCGUGAGAAGGCCUACAUCCCCGAGCUGCAGAUCAGCUUCAUGGAGCACAUCGCAAUGCCCAUCUAUAAGCUGUUGCAGGACCUGUUUCCCAAAGCGGCAGAGCUGUAUGAGCGUGUGGCCUCUAACCGUGAGCACUGGACCAAAGUGUCCCACAAGUUCACCAUCCGCGGCCUCCCAAGCAACAACUCGCUGGACUUCCUGGAUGAGGAGUAUGAGGUGCCUGAUUUGGAUGGCACUCGAGCCCCCAUCAAUGGCUGUUGCAGUCUUGAUGCUGAGUGAUCCCCUCCCUGGACCCUUCCCUGCCCAGGCCUCCUCCCACUGCCCUCCACUGGUCUGGCCAGACCCACUGGGAACCAGAGCCACUGGACUGUAGACCAGGACUUCCCAUGUGAUGCUGGGCAAGUGCUGACCUUCCUGGCCCUCAGCUUUCUUAUCUGUAUAAUGGAAGCAAGACUUCCAGCCACACUGAGACUUUGUGAUUUGUCCUUUGAGAGUACGGGGUGACCAAAUGAGCAGUGGGCCCCGCUCUCUGCCUCUGACUGCACCUCCCCAAGCCAUUCUUUCUCUGAGCAGCUUGAUGGUUUCUCCUGUGCUCCAUUCUGCCACACCAGGUCUGUGCCCUUUUCUGCUGGAGGACCUCCACUCCUUGGGGUCUCUAGGAUCCUCAUGGGAGGGGAAGGUGGGACACCUGAGUGAACAGAGGGUGAGGCCUUGUAAACAGUCCUUGCAAACAGUUUUGCUAGAGGACUAGAAAUAGCCAUGCAGCACAGUUGCCCCCCAAAGACCACCACUAUACUGAUGGGGGGUGGGGCCAGGGGUUACAUGGACCUGGGGAGAGGGAGCUCUGGAGGAAAGCAGGAUGACAGUGAUGGGCAGGAAGGGUCCUUGCACUAGGAGACAGGCCCAGGCAGGCAUCAGCCAUGCCUUUCCCUGCCUGUGUGAUCCUGGGCAAG